GAGCAAUGUUAGUAAGCAACAACACUUCAUUUUUCUGUGUAUCCGGUCAGUAUAGAAAGAAACUCAUCGUUUCUUUUCAACUCAAAUUUUCGAACUGAGACUUCAGUAGAGAAUAAAUUCGGAAAUAUGUUUCACCUUUUUGUGAUGGCGCUUUUUGUGACGACGGACGCGCAAUUGCACAGAAUUCCGUUGCACAAAAUGGAUCCCACUCGGCAAUCUUUGAAAAAAGUUGACAUCGGCUUGCAAGACGUUCCUUCGUUAAGUAAUAAUCUUCCUUCAGUAGUUUUGUCUAAUUUCCUAAACAUACAAUACUAUGGCAAUAUUACCAUUGGGAUUCCGCCGCAAGAAUUUACAGUAAUAUUUGAUACUGGUUCCUCUGAUCUUUGGAUACUGUCUAAAAAAUGCAACAUUACUGCUUGUUUAAGACAUAAUCAAUAUGAUAGCAGAAAAUCCAGCACAUAUAUAGUAAAUGAUACUAAGAUUCAUUUACCAUACAUCGCUAUAAAUGUAAGUGGAUUCCUAUCUACCGAUACAGUGAAUGUUGCCGGCCUUAAUGUUCAGAAUCAAACAUUUGCAGAAGUGACUAACGUGUCAAAGGUAAAAGCAUUUGCUGCUGCAGAAUAUGAUGGUUUCUUGGGCCUGAGUUAUUCCAACAUGUCUGUCAAUGGAGUAACGAAUAUUUUCGACAACAUGAUUAAACAAGGCUUAGUGUCAUCACCCAUUUUCAGCUUUUAUCUAAAUAGAGACUCUUCAGCCGAGUUAGGUGGUGAGUUUAUAUUGGGUGGUUCCGAUCCUGCUCAUUACGACGGCAAUUUCACAUAUAUUCCUGUUACUCGCAAAGGAUUCUGGCAAUUUACCAUGGAUAACAUCAUAAUAAAUGAUCACAUUCUGUGCGUGGAAAGCUGUCAAGCUAUCGCUGAUACAGGUGCUUCGCAUAUAUGUGGACCAAAAUCAGAUAUUACAAAAAUUAAUAAACUUAUUGGAACUAUUAAUGUUGAUGGAGACGAAAGAGUGAACUGCAGUCGAAUUUCUGAGUUACCUACAAUCCGUUUUAUUUUGGGUGAUAAGGUAUUCAAUCUUAUUGGUAAAGAUUACAUCAUUCAGUUUCAACAUAAAGGUAAUACUACAUGUGUAAGCAGCUUUUUAGGAAUUGACUUCUUUGAAUUCAAUUGGAUUUUAGGCGUUCCAUUUAUUGGCCGUUACUACACUGAGUUUGAUAUGAAGAAUGAUCGAGUAGGAUUUGCUUUGGCGAAAUAAACAAUUAUUACUUCUUCUAGCACUUAUUAAAAUAUACAACUUACAUAAUAAAAAUGUUUGUACAUAAUAAUCAAUUAUGUACAUUUUGUGAGUUU